CCGGAGUGUCGUAAUUCAGUUUGUCAGUUUUCCCUCGCAAAUUAUUUCCUGUCCCGAUUUGUGCUGUAAUCGUAAGGAAACUUUCGAUUGCCGGUAUUCCGACAGACGUUGAGUGGGAACCUUCCGACGCCAUUUUAAAAGUUAGUUGCAUUGUCUCCCCACCGACAUCAAUGUCAGUGUUCUUUGACAGCUCCAGUGUGGGAUCUCACCAUUGAAAAGGAGUACUUUAUGAAGGGAUCCAAUUUUGGCGGUAAAUGUGAAACUUGACCGAAAGCGUGAUUGAUAAUGCAAUAUUUUGCGCUUCUGGUGAAAUAAAGUUGAAUGGGAGAAAAUUGUUACGAAUCUGAUUCAUAGUGGCAUGUGAAAUCCGGUGAAAACGGGAACAAACAAGGAAAUUGUACAAUCCAGGCGCGAGGUGGCACUCACGAACACGCACACUAGGGGAAACAUGUGAGUGACUGUCGAGCGGAAACCAACCAGUGAGGAGUACUUUGAAAAUUUCCACUGUGUGCGACGCAUACCAUCGAGGCGCCGGUCUGUGCAGAAGUGUGCGACGUGCGUAGACUGUAGGGUGUAUGGCCUCUGGCCCGGAUCGUUUUUACUACUGCUGGGGGAGGCUGAACUGGUUCUACGUCGCACUGUUGGAGUUUAGUUGAGUACGAGAGUGGAACGUCGUAUGAAGUGUGUAAGGCGCGCGCGAGAGUUCCGAGUGUGUCCCUGCUGCUAGAUUUUGAGAUUGCAGUUUGCACCCGCCUUGUUUCUGAAACGAUCCUCUGUAACUGCACAUUGCACUAGUGAUAAGUGUUUUGCUAACAUCGUGUGUCGAAAGGGAUUAUCACUCGGGAGCGGUUAAACGAUCGUGUCUAGGAGCGAGUGAUUCCAGAUCAAAUUUGAAUCCUGUGUUUUGCUACGUUGAUUCUUCAUCAUCCUCGCAGUGUUCACCAGUCAUCUAGCAGGCCGUUUGUAGUAACUAGGCAACCGUAGUAGCACACGAUUUCUGUUCUUGUUCUUCCCGCUGCUUCCCGGGAAACGUGAAUCGUUUUUUUGUUCACUGUUUUUGCCUUGAGUGCGUUGUGUGAUCCAAGAGUGAGAAAGAGAAGAUCACUGAAAAGAAUAGUAAUAAUAUUGUGAUUGUUUGCAGAGCUAAUGAGCGAAAAAGAGGCAGAACGUGCAAAAAUCCUACAGGCGGAAACAUAAAAAGGGUAUUCCAACUAGAAUACAAUACCCAUCCUAACAAAAGUGUGAAUUAAUUUAUUUUGAAAGUGUGAUUGUUAAGAUCUGGAGUGCUGAGAAAAUGUUCGAGUUAGAGGAAAUGAGCAAUGGAUUCCACGACGUGUUACUCAACAAGUACAAUGUACGUAUCGUCUACAGAGUUGAAGUCAAGUAUACAUUCAUCGGAGUACAUGAUUGCCCAAUUGAUUGAGAAAAAUUCGGCCGUCAAUAUGAAGCAUGAUCAACCAUUGCGUUGAACUGUAAUACAUGCUACAACGGUUACAACUGAUAAUUAUGUUCAUCAAAUUGGCUGCUAAGGAAAGAGAUCUGAUGUUGCCCAACUUUCGACAAAACAUGGCAGAGGACACCACCCCCAUUAUGGACCUGUACGUGUCGGACUCGAUGCAGGACAUGUUGGACAUCGACAUCAAAUCCGAGGUGGCCACCGUUGUCGGCGGUGUGAACGAGUUCAGUUCCCUGAUGAACUUCGACCUGCCCUCGCUGGAGCUGGAUUCAAACUCGAACGAUGCGGCCAGCGGCUGGUGUGCCGGAGCACCAACCAAGUGGCCCUCGAGUGACAUCUACGCCGAUGUGGGAGCUUGCGUGAACCCAAACUCCGUGAUGCCGGUGAUCACAUCCGUCCAGACGUCGCUGCUGAAAAGUCCCAAGCAGAAUGUGAACCUCAACGCUACAGUCAGUGCGCUGAACGAUCCGACGUUGCCGAGUCCCAAAGAGCGAAAAAGUCACCUCACCUUCUCACCCAAUACCAUCAAGGUCCCGAUGGUAAUCCAGCAGCAGGAAGUUAAAAAACCCACCGCCGUCACUGGACUUACGCAGAUCCAGCGGAUAAAUGGCAUCGAUCAGGUCAAAAAGGAUCUGUCGAGUCAGAUGUUGAAAGACGAAGGCAACAAAAUCGUUAUUCGGAACCAUCAACCUGCGAAUGGCGUAUCCAGCCCCAGUUCCGGACUCGGUAUGGGAUUAGGUAAAGGAAAUACCAUCAAGCUGGCAGCGGGCAUUGGUGGACUAACCUUCGCCAAUGGAGUGCAGUUCAAAAACCUUAAGAACGUCCAGAAAAUUACGGCGCUCAACGGAACCACCGGUCUGAACGGAUUGAAGCGAGCAUCGAGUCCUGCGCGGAAUCUUGGCACAACUACCACAGUCCAACAAGGACAAACGCAACUGAUCAGCAUAAAUGGAACCACUACCAAGAUCUACAACAGAAAUUUCGUAUCUCACAAUGGAGGUAAACCAUCUAAUAUGAUGCAUAUGACAAAUGGUUCCAGCACUGCCGUAACAGCUGUCACGCCAAAGGUGAAACCCUCCAAGCAGCAGGGCGACAGUGGAUUCCCCAAACCAGCCUAUUCCUACUCUUGCCUAAUAGCGAUGGCACUGAAGAACUCCUACACCGGCUCGUUACCGGUGUCGGAGAUCUACAGCUUUAUGUGCGAGCACUUCCCUUACUUCAAGACGGCCCCGAAUGGAUGGAAGAACUCCGUCCGACACAACCUGUCCCUGAACAAGUGCUUCGAGAAGAUCGAGAAACCCAUAACGAACGGCGGCCAACGGAAGGGAUGCCUUUGGGCGAUGAAUCCGGCCAAAAUCACCAAAAUGGACGAAGAGGUACAAAAGUGGUCCCGGAAGGACCCGAUGGCGAUCCGGAAGGCGAUGGUCCACCCGGAGCAUCUGCCAAUGCUGGAAAGGGGCGAAAUGAAACAUGGACCGACCGGCGAGAGCGACGAGGGCGAAAAUGACGACGGAGACACGGAGGACCAUUCGGACAUCGAGGAGGAGGCGGUGGAUGCGGAGGAGGACGAAGUGGACGCCGAGGAGGAGAUCGAAAUCGAACAAGAGGCGGACAGUUUCCUGAUCAAUACGCCCGAGUCGAUGGAGGAUCCCGAGGGAGACGACGUCGAUGUGGAUUUCGAUAUGGAGGUGCCGGAGUUUUACGACGACAUAAACGUGGACUCGAAGGAAGGCUUCACGCUCGAAUUUGUGCAGAAAGAUCUGCUCUCGCUGGAAGACGAAGACGAGUCGGUCUACAUCUCCUCGCAACCGAACGGCACCCACCUCCAGCAUCAAGUGGCUCAACAAGCUCAGCAGCAACAGCUUUCCUUCCAGCAGCUUCAACCCAUGGCGAAGCGGGCGAGGCUCGACGUCAACUACUCCAUCUCACCUGCGGCGUCGAACGUUUCCACUGGAGCAGUAAAUAGCCUCAGUACCUCAUCGACCGCUGUGACGGCUACGAAUACGAUCGUGCAUGGAACGACUACCGUCAAUCAAAUCCAACUGGCCAACGGGCAACAGUUCCAAUUCACCAGCAAUACGAACAGCAGUGGGCAGCAGCAAUUCCAGCAGAUCCAUCAACAGCAACAGCACCAUCACAACCGACGAAAGACCCCCUUGGUCACUCGAAUAGCCUAAUGUCCUCGCGUCUGGAAAGCGUGGUAAACUUUCCAAACCUUAGCAAUAGGCAAAACAAAACUAACGAAAUGGUUCUAUUUUUGAAUGUGGUAAAUUGUAAAGCAAACCCCCCUACUUUCGCUAGGUUCCCCCCGUCGGUGAUAAAGUUAUACUUUUGUACAAUUUUAGUUACGAUAUAAUUUAGAACAAUUUUUUUCUAACAAAAAAUAGUGGUCUCUCGUAAAAUACAAACAGUUUAACGAACGAUAAAUAGUCAGAACAAACAACAUAACCACCGGUUCAAGGGAAAAGAAAUACAAAACGAACAGUUCGAUGGAGAUUAACACAUACGUGAAAAAACCAGACACAUAAGAACCAUCAGCAAUUAUUUUUACUAGGAUCUCACGCGAUUUAGCGACGCGUUCUUGUAUUAUCUUUCAAACAUGUGAUAACAGCACCCGAUUGUGGUAGUAAAGUUUUCUUUCGUUCAUCGCCGAUUCGAUUCGGUAUUUUUUCGUCUCUCUGUCUUCGUAUUGAAAAAUUGCAUAAUCUUAAGUUUACAAAAGAAAUGAUUUUUUUAAUUCGCAAUCGAAUCACAUUCUGCAGAGCAAGUUCGAUUCGUUGACGAAUGUUUGUGGUGUCCAGAAGCAUGUGCCGGGAUUCGGUUUUGGAUUUCGCUGUGAGUUUUCUGAGCUCAAUUUUUCUCCACAGAAAGUUUGACACAUAGAUGGCGGUAGUUUAUUUACUAAAGUUUCCGGGAAAAAGUGAGGUUAGAUAUGCGAACCAAAGCCGAAUCGAUUCAUGCUUUUGAGAAAAUGUUUGAAAAUCUCGUGAAAUGUGAAGUUAGCCAGUAGUCCCUACCCAAACAAAAUACCACAUUUUUAUAACUGCUAUAUAUUAUUUUCGUUGUUUUUGUUGUUAUAUUUUUUUCGCGUGUAACUUUCAGCAAACAUAACGGAUCUUUCACAAUCGCUCUUUCUUUCCUCAAUUAUUACAGUAAACUUUCCCGGAUUAAUGAGUAACUAUUCAAACAGGAUCAAAUAUACGUUUUUCUCAAUAAUUUUCUAUAAACAUAACCUUUAAAGAUAAUUUUUGUACACACUAUUUCUGAUUAUUUAUUAUACAAUUCGGAAGUUGCUUCCUUUUUUAUUAAUUUCCUAUACAAAUGUGUUUGGAAAACUAAACUUAAAAAGUUUACUCUAGCAAUUGAUGGAAAUCGUUCAAGUAGAGUUUUUAAUGGGAAAGAUCAACAGACCGAAAGUUACUUCUUUUUUAA